GGGGAGAUGUAAUUCUUCGGGGGGAGUUUGUGUGUGUGGAGAGAAAGAGAGUGAGUGAGUGAGAGAGAAAGGAGGAGUUAGUGGGGGGUUGAUGGGAGUUUGGAGAGAGAGAGAGAGAGAAGCGUCGUUGGAGGAGGAUGUGAGGCUUUGCUGCCCCAAGCCUCGACACGGACAAAGAACCCCUUAAAGGCAUAUUUUUUUUCCCUUUUUUUUAAUUUUGUCCGAAGUUGAUCCGUUGCCCUCCAUUUCUGCGUUAAUACAUUAAGUCAUGCGUCGGGCCUUGGGGAGUAAGAAGUGAAAAUUGUCGGUCGGCCAAAAGUUUUGAGAGAUCAUUCGCUCCCAAGUUCCAUUUUUCGGUAAUGAGAGGGUCUGGUGGGGCCCCGGUUUGUUGGCGGCGUUGCUGCUGCUGCUUCUGAUAGUAUACAAGGUGGAGGGGGGCGAGGAUGGGGGCAGAUCAGCAGUUUUGCCUCCGAUGGAAUAAUUUUCACUCUAAUAUUACCUCAGCAUUUGAGUCCUUACGAGACGAUGAAGAUUUCGUCGAUAUCACACUUGCCUGUGACGGCAGACAGAUAAAAGCACACAAAAUGGUCCUUAGUGCCUGUAGUCCAUACUUCAGAAGUUUAUUAAAAGGUAACCCGUGCCAGCACCCCAUAGUAUUUCUUAAGGAUGUUACUUUUUCAAAUUUAUCAUCCAUUUUGGAUUUUAUGUACCAUGGGGAAGUGAACGUAUCUCAUAAUGAACUUGCUACUUUUUUAAAAACUGCUGAAGCACUCAAAGUGAGAGGACUCGCAGAAGAUGAAAAGAAAAAAGAUUCUGAAAAUUAUAAUGAGUCCAGCUCGCCUCCCCCACCUAGAGACCCUCCUGAUCCGGGAUCACCCCGACCGGAGGAGGGUAGCAGCGCUCCUGAUACACAUCUCAGUGACUCACCCCCACCUAAGCGACAGAGAAGGAGAUCGGGAAAUUCCGUACACUCGACGGAAGACACAAAUGAAACGGUGCUAAGUGACCAACAAGUAAGGGACACUAGUGUGAAAAACGAACCUCAGGACUUUAAUGAGGAGGAGGAUAUCUUGAGUCAAAGUGUUGACCAAGAUGUUAUAAAAAGUGACGUGGUAGAUGAUGACCGAAACUUUGGUCCUGCCGAAUCGGUUACUAUUAGGAGUCAAGCAGCUAUGCAGCAACUACAAGAGUCAUUUGGUUCGUUCCUGCCGGGCAUGGGCCAGAGUCCGGGCUUCCUUCCUCAUGGUGCUACAGACAUGCCAAGACCUCCACCUUACCCUUUGGAGGGGGUUCAAGGUUCUUUCACAGGCCUUCCUCCGGGGAUCUCGGCAUUGCCGGGUCCUUCCAUGUCACAAGGUGCUGCUAGUCAAGAUGCCAGCCAAGGCGGUCCAUUGGUAUCAACACCGAGCUCCUCGGUGUCUUCAGCAUUUGUGGCGGCCCCGCCGCCCUUUCCAUCGGCGUCCCACCCUUCGUCGUCGACGAUGGUGGGACUCGGCAUCGGCGGCAGCGGCGGCGGCGGCGGGGGCGGCAGCAGCAGCAGCGCUAACAGCUUAGGUGGUGGAGGGGUUGGAGGAGGCAGCGGCAGCAACAGCAGCAGCAGCAGGAGCGGUGUUGUUGUUGUUGGUGGUGGAGGCAGCGGCAUGAUGCUCGUGGGCGGCAAUAGCAGCAGCAGCAGCAGCAGCAGCGGUGGCGUCAGCAGCAUUAGCAGUACCAACAGCAUUGGUGGUGGUAGUAGUACUAAUAGCAGUAGUAAUAGUAGCAGCAGCAGCGCCGGGACGUGGGUAGGGGCCCAGUGCCCCAUAUGUUUCAAGGUACUGCGUGAUAAAUAUAAGUUGAGGACCCACUUGGCCGACAUCCACUCGGCUGUACAACACGUGUUCACGUGUCCAGUGUGCAAUCGGGUGUACAAGACCAAAAAUACCCUCACGAACCACAUCAGUCUGUCACACAGAGGAUACACCAAGAGGAGACAGAGCUACCAAGCCCAGGCCACCCCUUCCUCCUCAUCCUCCUCCUCCUCCUCCUCUAAUCAGAAUCAUCCCCCUCCUCCUCCUCCUCCUCCUCCUCCUCCUCCACCUGCCUUACCCCAGUCUCAACCCACCUCGCACUCUUCUCCAACCCACCACCAUCAACAUCUCCACCACCCCCACCAACAUCAUCACCAACAACAGUCUCGUCACGCUUCGGAAACUGCCAACAGCGGCAGCAACAGCAAUGCUCAGACGAACCAUCAGCAGAAACAGCAACAGCAACAGGCUCUGCUGCUCGAACAGCAGCAGACUUUGCAGCGUUAGUCUUGAAAGGGCUGACCCGUCGAGUUAUAGGUUUGCGACGCCAGUUGAAAAGGAAAAAAAAAAAAUGAAAGCCUGGCGCCACCAAACUAACUGUGAGAGACACUUUCUUAAGUCUUAAAAAGUAAUCUUAAGAUUGAUAACUCAUGUAUACGAUUUACCACAAAGUCUUAUCCAGUUGUUGUAUUUAAAGAACAGAUAUUUUUUAAAAGAAUGCCAAGCUUUUACUAUUAUUAUUAUUAUUAUUAUUAUUAUAGACAAAUUCUAAUCGGUAGGUUUCCUUUUUUCGUUUGUGUCGCCGGGAACUGGAUGGACAGUUUCCACAUCAAAUCCCCUUUUAUUCAAAGCACAAAGAAGAAAUUAUGUUGCUAGAAAUGUUUUGUCGGGAGAAGGAUGAAACGAAUGUUUUCAUUCGUUAAAAUAAAAAAAUAUAAAAACAAUAGAAAAGAAACCUUCUAACUUAUGAGUGUUGUCUGUAAACGAAGUAGUAAAAUUAAGCCUGUGUGUAAUUUAGCAAUCUUAUUUUUAACCAUUGUCAUAGAUUUCGUAGGUUUGACCAUAUUUGUGAAAACUAUAUUUUCUAUUUAUAUUUUUAUUUUUGUUUUUCCUCGACGCACUUGGGUUUCAUGUGCCAACUUACUUGAUGAACACUUCCGGAAAUCGCUCGAGACUCGCACUUGAGAUUUCUCAUGGAUGGUGAAGUGUAUUAUUACUACUACUGUAUGUGUGCGUGUUUGUAUGUCCUUUGGAAAGCGAGUAUGUUCGUGGGUGUAUGUUUUUUGUGUUAUUUUUGUUUUUUUGUUUACCUCGGGUCGCUUUUGUGUAACCGAAGAUGGACAGUGAAAAGUAUAAUGAUACAUCUAGUUUGUUGUAUUUUAGAACACGCUGAAAGCCCCAUUUAAAAGGGGCGUGUAUUUUUUUUCCAGUGCAACUCUUUACCAUUGAAAUAUUUAUUUCUCCAAGUUCAGGUGUUUUGAAAGUAAUCAUUCUUGUGGGUGAUUCCUUGUGAAGUAUUUUUUUCUGUGAUGAGACUUGCCACCACAACAAACUCCUUCCAUCCAAUCAAAUGUUAAUGAAAAGGGAAAAAAGAUAUAAAUAAAUACAUUUUAAAAGAUGUAUCAGGAGCGACCCGCGAGUAUCGAAUCCGUGCUACAGACUUCUUCUUGUCAGAGAAUUCUGCAGCCGUAGUCUUGUAUAAAGCAUAGAAUAUAUAUAUAAACAGUAUAUAUAUUACAAUAGAAGUUCCUAGAAUUACCUUUUUAGACCUUUUUAUUAUUAUUAUUAUUGUAAUAAUUAUUAUAAUUAUAGAUAUGAUUACUUUCCAGCGGUCUGAAUGCGACCGCUGGAUACACUUUAUAGAGAUCUCUGCAUCAGCGGCCGGACCAGAGGGAGGUCGGCGCUGAUCGAUAUCACUUGUAUACGAUUUUAUACUUAGUCAGAUUUUUAUGUGUAUCAUUAUGGCUAUUCUUAUUCUUAUUAUUAUUAUUAUCAUUAUUAUUAUUAUGACUAUUGGUUCUAGUUGUUAACUUUAGAUUUGGGUACAUCAGCUUAGCCAUUAGCUUAUAUUUGUGACAGGUUUUUACUUUCCUCGUAAGAAGCUUCGUUUUAGAUGUUUUUUUUUUUUUGUCACGUGUAGAUUUCAUCGAUGACACCGCGUUCCUUUUAAUGAUAAUUUAAUUCCAUUAGACUUCGCUUGGUUAUGGUUGAUUUUAUUUUUAAAAAUUUCGUUUUGUAUUCGUUUUUCCAUUGUUCCAGGGUGAGAUAAAUAUAAUAGCUUGUUUUGUGUAUUUAUGCAUAUUGGACCAGAGAGCCUUGAGAGCUAAUGCUUUUGGCACAUUGGUUAUCUCAUUUUUAUUUUUGUUUUUUGGUGUAUCGCCAAAUGUUCCUUUUGAAUUGUAUUUGCACUGUGUUGAUGUUUUUAUUUGUAUUUAAGAUUUUGACCAUGGUUGGAAAGGUUACCAUAUUUUUGUUCCUUUAUUGACGAUGAUAAUAAUAAUUAUUAUUAGUAGUAUUAUUUCGAAAGAAGAUCCUCUCGUAAACAGUGCGUUUAAUGAAUUAUUAUUAUUAUUAUUAUUAUUAUUAUUAUUAUUAUUAUUAUUAUUAUUAUUAUUAGAAAUACGAGACAAUUCACCAUAUCACAAGUUGCUUAUUUAGUUCGUAAUGCUGGGAUAAUGAUACUUUUCCUUUUUUGUUAUUUUGGUAAUAUAUUUUUUUUGUUAGUACCAUUUAGUGAAGAAGAUUGCGACUUUUUAUAUGGAAACAAAUCAUUCUAAUGUUAAUAAUAUUCUCUAGGGCUUGGGAGCUGCUCCUUCCUCCUUCAGGAGAUUUUUUUUUAUUUUUAUUUUAUUCUAUUAAACGUAGUCGGCCAGUACCAACCACCAGUAUACUCAGGUCAAUAUAUUACUGCAAUAUACACAAUGAUUGUUCCUGUUACUUCGCUGAAGACUCGGAGGGGGAGGAUUCCUCGGGGUGGGAAUGGCAUUAGGAAAAAGGAGAAAGAGGAAGAAUCUUAACAAUCCUUGGGUUUGGGGGGGCGGGGGUCCAUGUAAAUAUAUUAACCAUCAUGUAGAUUAAUAUAGACGUAGACGUCUAUUGUCUAGAGAAGUUUACCUCUCAAUCCCUACAGUGUCAGAAUCACAAUACUACCGCUGACGAUUUUUUGUCUAAUUAGCAUUUGUGAGUAGUCUUAUAAUGAUAGUAUAGUGAUGUCAGCGCCGGCACCCCCAACCCCCCCUCCCCCUCCCCCUCCCCCUCCCCUCCCCCCAAGGCCUCUCUCCUUAUGCAAAUAUGCCGUGACUUAAUCCAUUACCACGUCCUGGAAGUCAAAUCAAAUGCAAAAUGUUAUCCGGAAGAUUUCGGGUUAACCCCAGGACUUAAUCCCUGUAUUCCGAAAGAAUAUGGAUUACAGUAAUUAGUCCAAAAACUUAAUUCCUGUAAUCCAGAAGAUUUCGGAUUACUGUAAUUAAUCCCAAGACUUAAUUCCUGUAAUUUGGAAGAUUUCAGAUUCAUUAAUCCCAAGACUUAAUCUCUGUAAUCCGAAAGAAUUUGGGUUAAUACCAAGACUUAAUCCCUGUAAGCCAGAAGAUUUCGGAUUACAGUAAUUAGCUCCAAGACUUAAUUCCUGUAAUUAUGAAUAUUUCAGAUUUAUUGAUCCCAAAACCUAAUCUUUGUAACCCGGAAGAUUUAUGGAUUUUAGUAAUUAGCCCUAAGACUUAAUCCCCGUAAUCUGGAAGAUUUCAGAACGACUUAAUCCCUGUAAUCCGGAAGAUAUGCGAUUACAGUAAUUAGCUCCAAGACUUAAUUUAUGUAAUCUGGAAGAUUUCUGAUUACUGUAAUUAAUCUCAAGAUUUAAUCCCCGUAAUCCGGAAGAUUUCAGCUUACUGUAAUUAAUUCCACGACUUAAUCCCUAUGAUCUGGAAGAUUUCGGAUUACACUAAUUAGCUCCAAGACUUAAUCCAUGUAAUCUGGAAGAUUUCAGCUUACUGUAAUUUAUUCCACGACUUAAUCCCUGUAAUCCGGAAGAUAUGCGAUUUAAGUAAUUAGCUCCAAGACGUAAUCCAUGUAAUCUGGAGGAUUUCGGAUUAAUAUCGAUACCAGUCUGAAUUUUGUCUCGGUUCCAAUACCUUUUCCCCUGGAGGUCGCUGCCCCCUCCGAGGAGACCUCAGUUUCGGGUUAUGUUAUAUUGAACUCUUUUGUUAAACAUGUUGUGUGACCUUAACUUAUUUCACAACCUCUCGUGGAUGUUUUUAUUUCUAUAAACGUCAUAUACGACUUCAGAAGAAUGUCUGGUGACCGGUAUUAUGUUCCAAUGAAUGAUGAAACACUCGUGAAGAAAAUGAAAAAAAAAAACUUGUUUUUAAUUUUAAUUUCUGUGUAAUUUAUACUGGCAUACCUCAUAUAGCAUCUAGUUUACUAUUAGUUGUGUGAGACAGCGGUCCCUGAAUCCCUAAAUAAAGGAACUUGAAGAGGAAAGAAAACUUUCGAAAAAAAAGAGAAAAAAAAAGCAGCUACCCCUUAAACGUGGAUCUCAUGUGAGCCUUUGUGACAUAUUUCUUCACUAUAUGUAGUAGUUGCUUCAGUAUUUUUGUAUGUUGUAGUUACUUUUGUAAAAGUGCUUCAAUUUAGCGAGCACGUUAGUAGGUAUUUUUUUAGAAGUCCCGGGCUUGUGUCUGAUGAAAGAAGCCUAUCCAUUAUAUUCAGAAUACAGGAUUAAAGAGAAAAAAAGAAGAAAAAAGCCUCGUGCGCAUUAUUUUACCUAAUAAAUAUUGAAAUAGA